UUUUGCGGAUAGUUUGUUCAAAUCAACCGGUUUGUCAGUUCGUACCUUCUAUUUUCGGGAUGUACCUCAAGCAUUAGACCUCUUCAAAUUUAUAAUUAAAGCUCUACCUGCCCGGCAAAUAAAUUUAGUUUCUAAAUUUAAAAUCAUUUAUUGCUAGAAGUAUUACAAUUUUUUUUUUUUCGUUGAUCGAUAAAUUGCAUUGCAACUAGAUAAAUAUUUUAUAUUUAUACGCGCGAGUGAUGUUUCAGUAAAUAUUUAAUCUACUGAGAAAUUUGUUGGAUUUAAUUAAAUAUCAGAAAGAUAAUUAGAAAAACGGCAAAAUGGUUGAGCGUAAUAACAAAUCACCAACUGAGAUGCACACAUUUUUACCUCAUGAUGAAGCAUUAGCUUCUAAAUACAAAGUACAUGUCGUCUCAAAAGACGCGGAUGGCGCACUCCCACUAUCGGAUGGAAGAAAAUUUGAUCCUUUUACUGAGCGCAAGAUUGAUAACCCGACUACUGACUGCGACACGCUCACGCAUUUACUGAAAGCGGCUCUGGGUACUGGAAUUCUGUCUAUGCCGUACGCGUUCAAAAGUUCGGGACUCGUUGGCGGUAUUUUUGGAACCAUACUCGCGUCAUUAAUUUGCACUCACUGCUCAUAUAUUUUGGUAAAAUGCGCGCAUGUGUUAUAUCACAAAACGCACAAGACGAAAAUGGGAUUUGCUGAUGUCGCCGAAACUGCAUUCGCUAAUGGUCCAAAAUGGGGACGUCCAUUUGCUAAAUUUUCAAGAUAUUUCGUCCAAAUUUGUCUAUUCUCAACAUACUUCGGUGCUUGCACUGCGUACAAUCUUAUUAUAGCAACAAAUUUCGGUCAAGUGAUAAAUUACUACAUGUAUUACAACGAAACUGCAGUGAUAGCGUCAAAUUUAACUAGCGCAAACGUCACUGAUGUUGUGAAUGCAACAAGUUCAGCUGUACAUGUGGUUCCUUUGGACACGUCAUUUGUACGAGUGAUAAUCGCCUGUCUGUUUGUCCCACUGAUUCUCUUAGUUUACGUACCAGAUUUGAAGUAUCUGGCUCCAGUGUCAAUGGUAGCGAACAUUUUCAUGGCAUGCAGUUUGGGAAUAACCUUUUACUACCUCGUCCAAGACACUCCACCAGUGAGCGAUCUACCUCUGUUCCAGUCUUUCAUGCAGUUCCCUCAGUUCUUCAGUGUCACAGUAUUCGCGAUAGAAGCUAUCGGUGUUAUCAUGCCGCUAGAAAAUAACAUGAAGACACCCCAAAACUUUGUUGGUAUCUGCGGUGUACUCAACAGAGGAAUGUCAAGUGUCACUCUUGUUUAUAUACUACUUGGUUUCUUGGGAUAUUUGAAGUACGGAAACACCGCGGACGCAGUCAUUACGUCAAACUUACCCAUCACUGAAAUACCAGCCCAAAUUGUCAAAGUGCUGAUCGGGUUGGCGGUAUUUUUCACAUUUGGAUUACAAUUUUACGUGUGCAUUGACAUCGCCUGGACUGGACUGAAAGAUUACUUCCCAAACAGACCCCGUCUUGCUCAAUAUGUCGUCCGUACUGUUAUGGUAAUUGCCUGUGUCUGCUUGGCCAUCGCUAUUCCAAACAUCGGACCCCUGGUUGAACUUGUCGGUGCAUUUUGUUUCUCUCUGCUCGGACUUCUUGCUCCGGUGGUAAUUGAAGUCAUCACCUACUGGGACGUUGGGUUCGGUCGCUUCAACUGGAUGAUCAUUAAAAAUAUUAUCGUUACUUUCAUUGGAGUUUUAGCUCUGGUGUUUGGUACCAACUCCGCUAUCCAAGGAAUCAUCAAAGCAAUGUUGUAAAAAAACAUUAAUUUUUUUUUUUUAUAUAUACUUUAGCUUCAUUUAUUAUUAAUUUUUGCUUUAUCACUUUAAGUAAUCAUGUACGCUCAUUUAAAUUUUAAUUACUCAAUUUCUGAUAAGACUUUUUAAUCUUAUAAGAUAUCAAGUAUUUUUUUUUUUUUAUAAUUAUUAUAUUAUUUUUUAGUUCUUUAAUUAUUAUUGACAUUUAAAACUCUCACAUUGUAAUUUAAUCAGUCAAUUUAAGUCACUCGUUAUUUUUAUACUGAAUUCUAAAAGUCUAAAGUUUAUAAAUCAGAAUUAAUUUUUAUAAAUU